AUGCCCAUCAUCCAGCCGUCGGUGACACCACUCCCAGAGGGCAUCGACCUCACCGGCCAAGUCGCCAUCGUCACAGGCGCCUCCGCAGGCAUCGGCCUCGAGAUAUCGCGCCAGCUCCUCCAGCACAAGCUCUCUACGCUCAUCCUCGCCGUGCGAAACACCUUAAAGGGAGAGUCCGUUCGUGACGACCUGCUCAAGGACCAGCAUGUCGCCGCCACAAACCCCCACGCGUCGGUGCACGUUCUCCGACUAGACAUGGACGGAUACACCAGCGUCAGCGACUUCAUUGCAGAGUUCAAACGCAGGUUCUCCGACUUAAACAUCCUCAUGCUAAACGCAGGCGUUGGUCUUCCGAGGCGGGAGCACGCCGCGUCGGGCCAUGAGAGGAACACGCAGGUCAAUUACCUGUCCAACGUGCUGCUCACGCUGGGUCUCCUGCCCGUCAUGGAGGCGACCGCCGAGAAGACGGGCAGGCCCGGCAAGCUGAGCGUCACGGGCAGCAGGCUGUACGCGAUGACGAGCCUGGAGAAGCGCGCACCUCUGGGCCUGAACGAGACGCUGCUCGGCCACUUUGACGACCUGGCUAGGGCGCCCGCGCUGACGGGCUACAUGGACAGCAAGUUCCUGUGGAUGCUUUUCCAGGCGGAGCUGACGCGGCAGUACCCUCGAGAACUGCACGGAGCGAGGGAUGCUGGUGAUAAGGCGACUCCUAAGAUCAUUAUGAACACGUUCUGUCCGGGCAUGGUCAACACAGGGUUCAACAAUGUGCUGCCAAUCUACUUUCGCCUGCCAGUCAAGGCGGUCGUCGCGCUGCGUGGCCGAAACGUUGAAAAGGCGGGCUGGAUCGCGUUGAACGCGGCGGUCGUGGCUGGUGAGGAAACGCACGGGACGCUGCUGGGCGACACGGCUAUCGAGGAGCCGUGCGCGUUCAUCGUCUCGGCGGAGGGCCAAAGGCUGCAGCGCAUGCUCUGGAACGAGACGAUGGAUGAGAUGAAGCCGCUGGUGACGCUGCCCGGCUGGAUGCACAAGCUAUGA